UUUUAUCAGGGUUCAAGAAACAAUUGCAUUCUGAUAUUGUUAUACUUCAUAAACGGUUCAAUAUUAUUUCUAUUGAAAUGUCUUAUUUCUGUACCCUGAUGUUCACUGUGAUUCUCUGUGUCUGUUUCAGGUGUGAUCAUAGGUUCAGUAGCUGGUAUUCUACUGAGGUAUGCAUCACCACUCCCCCCUGAUGUCAUUAUGGUGAUUGCCUUCCCGGGUGACAUUCUCAUGAGGAUGUUAAAAAUGGUGAUUUUGCCUCUGAUCAUAUCAAGUUUGAUCACAGGAUUAGCAGGGUUGGAUGCCAAGUCCAGUGGUCGUUUAGGCACAAGGGCCAUGGUGUACUACAUGUCUACCACCAUCAUCGCAGCUGUGCUGGGGGUGAUCUUGGUGCUCCUCAUCCACCCCGGUAACCCCAAACUGAAGGCAAACCUGGGCGAAGGGAAAAAGAAUGAUGAAGUGUCCAGUUUAGAUGCCUUGUUCGAUCUCAUCAGAAAUCUGUUUCCAGAAAAUCUUGUUCAGGCUUGUUUCCAGCAGAUCCAGACUGUUACUAACAAAGUAGAAGUAGCUCCUCCUCCAAAUCCAACUCGAUUUGGACGAAAUUCUACCAAGGGUGCAGCAAAAUAUGUGAUCAAGAAGUCUCUUCAGUUCAAGAGUGGCAUGAAUGUGUUAGGAAUCAUUGGGUUCUUUGUGGCAUUCGGCAUAUGUAUGGGAAAGAUGGGAGAAAGGGCCAAGCUGAUGCUUGAGUUCUUCAACGUUCUCAACGAGAUUGUUAUGAAGCUUGUCGGCAUGAUCAUGUGGUAUUCCCCCGUUGGUAUUGCGUGUCUGAUCUGUGGAAAGAUUAUUUCAAUCAAUGAUCUGGAGAUGGUGGCCAGGCAACUUGGAAUGUACAUGGUCACUGUCAUCGUUGGACUUAUCAUUCACGGAGCCAUUUUCCUUCCCUUAAUAUAUUUUGUUAUUGUUCGGAAAAACCCAUACACAUUCUUCAUGGGAGUUUUCCAAGCUUGGGUCACCGCUUUAGGAACAGCUUCUAGUGCUGGGACAUUACCUGUCACUUUCCGCUGUCUAGAGGAAAAUCUGGGCAUUGACAAGAGAGUCACUCGAUUUGUAUUACCUGUUGGAGCAACAAUCAACAUGGACGGUACAGCGCUUUACGAGGCUGUAGCGGCCAUCUUUAUUGCCCAGAUGAAUGGAAUAGAACUUGAUCCUGGUCAGAUUGUGACAGUCAGCCUUACAGCGACUCUCGCUAGCGUAGGAGCAGCCAGUAUUCCCAGUGCUGGUCUGGUGACGAUGCUUCUGAUCUUGACAGCUGUGGGACUACCGACUCAAGACAUCAGUUUACUGGUAGCAGUCGACUGGUUACUGGACCGUUUCCGAACAUCAGUCAAUGUCGUUGGUGACUCGUAUGGGGCGGGAAUCGUGUACCACCUCUCCAAAGAUGAGCUUGACCUAUUUGAUGCGCAGCAAAGGCCAGAUGACUUUGAGAUGGCCAAGACACAAUCCUUUUUUGAGAAUAACACUAACCAUGGUGUAUAUGCAUCUCACAACUCCUAUCAGCCGGUCCAAAUAGAUGAAUGCAAGUCUUUCAGCAUUCUGUAAGGAAUCCCGCUGCAGCUAAUUAUUAUCUGGCUUGUGGUAACCUUGGCCUCAAAUGGCUCCCCUGCAGAGUUCUCACUUGUUGAGGAGGAACCAUGGAUACGCGAGUAACACAGCACACAGAUCCAGCUCCGCCUUAUCCUGAGUCCCACAAGCUUAUCCUUUCUGGUGAAAACCAAAUGCUAAUUUUAUACAUAUAAACAGUCAGAAGUUACCACAAAACUUUUCACAUGCACAACCACUGACCUUUUGUAUGACAAUCUCAGUUCAUUUGACAAACAAAGGGAAGAGAAUGUAGCUUGAAAGUAGCUGGUGCUCGUAGUGGUUCAGCUGGUUCAGCCUCAUACAUUAUAAUUCACAUCCAAGGAUUACGAUAGUUGUAAUUCUAGGCCUUGGGUUUGACGAUAGAUCUGAAACCUGCUGCCUUAAGGCUACUGCGUAGAAGGAUCACAAUGGCUUGUCCAGCCUGGAACCCCAGACUGACCCUAGAGCACUACUAGUGGCAGGAGGAGAGAAGUGCAGUUUGUUUGCUGAAGAUACCUUUGACUGGCUUGGCUUAGGUGGAUUAACCCUUGGUGGCGGCACUCCAGAUCAGCCUCUUAUAAGAGCUUACCGAUGUACUUAGAGGUUCUGAAAUAGUGGUUUGCCUCCAAAUGCUGCCACUUAUUUUUAGACACCACCCAACGUAAAUGCCACGUUAGCAAUUACAGAGUGAUUAGGCAUAAAGUAUGACAUUGAGUUGACUGGCGUUAUCUGAAAGGAACGUUGGCUUUAAAGGGUUAGUUCAUCCAAAAAUGAAAAUUCUGUCAUUUAUUACUUACCCUCAUGUCGUUCCACACCUGUAAGACCUUCGUUCAUCUUCGGAACACAAAUUAAGAUA